AUGCAGAUCAUCUACAACACCGCCCUAGUCGCCGGCCUCGCGAGCACUACUGCGGCCACUUCAGAGUCGGCGUGCAACACCUUCAGCACGACCAUCACCAGCACUGUCAGCACCGUCACUGUCACUGUGUCUUCAGCUGCGGAGGCUUCUCCAGCAAGUGCCAGCAUCAUGAGCUCCACCGCAGCCACCUCCUCCUCUUGCGCAACCGAACUCUCCAUCAGCUCGAGUACCACUGCCAAUUGGACCACCACCGAGCAAAUCGCGCCAUCCACCACUGCCUGGGCACUGUCCGAGUCUCAGUGCAUCUCUGCGGACAAGACCGUCGGUGUCAACACCAUCCCAGGUUUCAAUGGCACCUCCUACGUCGUCUGCCCCGGCGCCGCUCCAUACCCGACCGUAAGCACCAUCGCUCCCAGCGGCAACGCCACCGCCGACGCCGUUGGUGCGACACACUCUUCAUCGUUCGCUUUCUCCCCAGCUGGCAUCACCAAUGCCACCACUGCUGCGAUCGGCGGUGCGACGGGUACCGGUGCUAUGGCUCCUACUAGUGUCGUCGCCGGCCCGACCGUGAGCAUCAUCCCAUUCUCAGCCGGCGCUGCUGGAAUCGACAACAAGGACUCUUUUGUCGCUCUGGCUGGCAUUGCCGUCGCGAUGAUCUUCCUCUAG